AUGAAGCAAAGCAUGUACAAGGCUAUUGGAAAUGGAAACCUGCGCUGGCAUGAGCUAGAGGAGGUGAUCUUAGACGUGGAGACAACCGUGAACAACAGACCUCUUGGAUACGUAGAGGACGACGUUCAAUUGCCAGUGCUGACCCCCAGCCUUAUGCUGUAUGGGCAACCCAACCAGAUACCCGAAGAAGAACCAAUGGGUAUAGAAGAUGUUAACCUCAGAAAACGAGCCAGGUACAUCCGAAGAUGCAAAGACGUCCUGUGGACGAGAUGGGAAACAGAGUACCUCAAGGCCCUCAGAGAGCGUCACAACCUCAACCAUAAAACGAAGGAAACAACCUUGACACGUGGAGAUGUAGUACUCAUCAAGGGGGAGGAACGCAACAGAGGGAAAUGGAAGAUUGGCAUAGUGGAACAACUGAUUCAAGGACGAGAUGGAGUAGUCAGAGGGGCGCGGCUUAGAGCUGGGAAGUCAUACUUAGAGAGACCGCUGCAGCUGUUAUAUCCACUCGAAUUGACCUGUGACAGACCUGUAGAAGGGAGAGGUGAAAUACUUAACGCGAACGCCAGAGAAUUCCAACCAAGAAGAGCCGCAACUGAUGCACGCCAGCGAAUAGCUGCCAUAGCGCAAGAUGAACUGGAUGGGAAUUAG